GCAGUGCUGGGCUCCUUCACAAUGGUUGCCAGGCAACAGGACCCCUCACAGGGAAGGAGCCAGACCCUUGGAUAAGGGACUGGAGCCAGCGAGGGCCGCUAGAGGCAAAAUGACAGCUACUCAGAAACACAACCUUUUCACGCCAGAACCUCACUACAUCCCUGGAACAGGCUCCCCACUCCCUGCUGUUGGAACGAGGGAUGGGAGAGGGGUUGGAGGGUGGCAGUCUCGUGGUGGUGUGACAGGGGAGCUCACCUCCCAGGCCAUUCAAGCUGCAGGAGCCACAGAAGGCAGGUGCUACUGCAAGCCCAUUCACAGCUAUGCAGGCUUCUAUCCACAGCUGCGCUACCAGGUGGGGAACACCUAUGGGCGCACCACGGCACAGCUGCUCACAGACCCCAGUGUGCAGAAGAGCCCCUGUUCCGUACUGUCCCCCAUGUCCAAACCCAAGUUCAUCGAGGACUACAGCAGGUCCAAGCCCCCCUGGGUUCCCUGCCGGGACCUGAGUGAGCCCUACAUCCCUCUCUAUACCGGUCUGAAGCCCUUCAAGAACUUUGAGAUUCUGGGCCGGCUCCCACUCCAGGAAAUGGACACCCAGGAGCCACCAGGGGUAGAGAACAUAUCCAGAGAAGUUGGGCUGCCUGCAGGCUUCAUGCCCUACCCCCCCUACCCACCAUGCCCACCAGGCAAGAAGGGGGACUCCAGGGACUUGGGACACCCGGGCCAGCGGCUGGCUUAUGGAGAAGAGGCCUGGAAGAGCACCACCCCAGUCCAUGAGGCCCCCGGGCAGCACCAGCUGUACCACUUCAGGAGGAGUGAGUACCCACCCCGGGCCCACCAGCAGCAGACACUAGAUGUAGGGAGGUUCCAGCGGCUGCCCCAGCUGGACCACCCUAACCUGAUCCAACGGAAAGCCAUCUCAGGCUAUGCUGGCUUCGUCCCCCAGUUCACCUGGGUGAUGGGGGUGAAUUACCGUGAUGGGGUCACACAAGCUAUGGACCAGUUUGACAAGAACCAGUUCCUGUUCAGAAAUCCCAUCUGUGCCCUGGGCGAGAGGCUGCCUAAGACAUACUGGCCCAGCAACACCGUCUACAGAAGCCAGGGCCUGAUACCUUUCUACACGGGAUUUGUGCCAUGCAUGCAGGAUACCUAUGCAAUGACGUACGGCAACAGCUCGAGAAGAGCCUAUCAGAAGGAACUGGAGAGGCAAAAACACACACUAUGAAAAUGCUUUAAUGGUGGUGUCUGUACAGCAUGUGAUGUCAAGACAGGAAGAACAGCAAGUGCACACACAGUGAGACGUGGCUAUCAGAACAGGUUGUGAGUGAAUAAAGAGCUCACACCGCU